AUGGCGACCCCCUGCAGCAGCAUCAUCCAACAGCUCAUCCGUACCGAAGAAUCAGAAUUCAAGGGCAUGAUUCGUCAUAUAUCCGAUCACAACCAAGAUCAGACUAUUCCAUCCAUCACAACCAUCUCCAACCAGGCCCGAGUUUAUACUUCAUCUCUAGGCCAAUUAGACUCCCUCCCUGCAGAGCUUCUCCUCUCUGUUAUUGAUCUUCUCGAUUUCCAAUCUCUGUCCCGUCUCUCGCGAGUUUCUCUCCUGGGCAAAUAUGUCAUAGAGGAUCUGCCAGCCUAUAGGGACGUGGUUGAGCAUGCUCCCGAGGCGCUGGUCGCUUUGGGACAAACUCAUCUGUUGAGCUAUCAUCCCGCCACUCUGAUUUACUCUACUCUACGGCAGAGCAGAUGUGUCUCGUGCUUUGCUUUCGGCGGGUUUCUCCUUCUACCCACUUGUGAGAGGGUUUGUUUCGAGUGCCUGUAUGAGAACCAGUCUCUUCGAAUGACUUCUCCGGCCAUGGCGAAGCAAUGCUUCGGUCUCACAGAUCAGGAUCUCGAGCGGAUUCCUGUGAUGCACAGUGUCCCUGGUACCUUUGGUCUGAGGUUCCAGUUCGCCCAUAAACAGGUAGAGCACCUGGUUAGUGUUAAGCAGGCAAAGAAGCUUGCGCUGGAAGUACACGGCUCAGCCGAGAACCUGGCCAAGUUGAGACCGACAUAUCGCCCUGGCAGAGUAUCAAUGAAAGAUGCUGCUGUAUUCAAACACUUUCACGAAGCUUCACUGGACCCUCCAGGCUGUGAUCUGUCGAGACUGCCCAGAAAGGCUGAGGUAGUGGAGGACGACUUUGGUGGCAUGGCAUCAAUCCGGUUCCCGUAUCUUUCAGACUCUGGUACCGAGAAAGGAGUCUUGUGUCAAGGAUGCGUUGUUACGUAUAGCCAUUAUGUGCAGGGCAUGCUCCCCCAGCAUACACUCUCGCAGCUUGUCCCAGCUGAUGUUGGACCAUAUCGCCCACUUCUCGCGUUAUUGACUCGUUUGUGGUCCCAAGAAGGCUUCAGAGAGCACGUGCAUGAAUGCUAUGGUGUACGACGCCUUCUGGGUAUGUGA